CCAGCUGACCAGUUAACAAAUCACGUGACCCCGGAUUGACCUACAACCACUGGACUGUUUAUUAGUAGAUUUGCUGUCCUCGGUAGGCCUAUGGACAGGAUUUGGUAGAGCAACUGUGUAGUGCACAAGGAUUUAUAUAAUUUGUAGGCAAAGUUCCUUGCCAUCAAUAGUAGAAAUGGAUCUCAACUGUUCUAAAGAUUUCCCCACAACUGAAGUCCUGUAUCAACUACUUUCGUCUGAUGUCACCGUCCUUAUCUUUACCAUUAUCGAUGUUGUCAUCAGUUGUAUCGUGAUCGGUUUGUUCGCGGAGGAAGUAUGGUUCUUGUUCAAUAAUUGUCACGACUCUUCUAAACGGACUAAGACGAUCCUACUGCUGGCUCUAUAUCCGGUUGUGGUGUCUGCCUCUACCUUAUGUAUUCUGGUGCCGACCUCGACUUUGAUCGGCGAGUUUGUAUCCAGUAUAUACCUGUCAUUUUGCGUCUACAUCUUUGUAAAUUUGGUGAUAGACUAUCUCGGAGGUCUGAACAACGUGCUUUGUAAUUAUAAAGACCGGACGAUCUCCUUCAGAACUGGGCCAUGUUGCUGCUGCUGUGUAUGUCUGGAUUCUAUACCAAUCACAAGACGAACGAUGAUGGUGAUCAAAGGUUUAGUGUUACAGGUAGCUAUCCUGCGACCUAUACUUCUGUUUUUUCUGGCGGUUUUGUGGUCAGACGGGAAAUACUCUCUUCAACAACAAUCCGACUUUACCAACCCAGCGUCAUAUAUAAAUCUUGUGAAUGCUGUAUCCACGCUAUUAUCAAUUUAUGGGUUAAUGGUCACAUUCCGGUCUACCAGAGUGAAACUCAAGACAUAUCGCCUGACGCUCAAGUUUAUUUCACUGCAAGGAUCUUUGUUAUUUAUGAAUGUCCAAAGCUUUAUAACCGGAUUUCUCGGCAGAGCAGGUAUUCCGGAGUGCUCCAACACGAUUGGAUCGCCCAUUAGGGCCUCACGAGUGAACCACUUCCUGUUGGUUCUCGAGAUGUUUUUGUUUGCCUUAUUGGCACGAUUUGCCUACCGUACUGUAGAGGAAUCUAGCGAUGAUGAUGAAGAAGACAGAGCGAACGAGACCAAGGUUGAAAGUAACGAUGCAGAUACAAACGAGAAUAAGAACGGUGUCGCUGAUACAAACCUAGGAAUAGACGAUGAGGUCAGCUCAUCUCCACAGGAAGUUGAUGAUCUACUCGACUAACAUUUUAAUAUCUUCGUCGAAACAACGAAUUCUAUCUCUUAAAAACAUGUGUCAUUAUAAUGACUUCUCUAUUCCUUAAUUGUGUAUUGUUGUAGACAUAUUUUGGGAUUUACCGAUUGCACAAAUUUAAGUAUUAAUUCAUCAAUUCAUGUAUAUUCAAUGCUGUUUUUAUAUUCAUGCACUGCAUAUCAUCUAUAACGACUUUUUGUUAUUUGCAUACUUUUAUUCGACUAUAUGUUUUUUUUUUAUCUAUAUAGCAUUCAUAUUUUAUAAAAUAUUUUGUUAAUUCAAGUAGCAUUUAUGUAAAAUGUAAAUACUAUACUUUCAGGUUGUUUAUAAUUCAAUUUAGGUAAAUAUGACGACUUUUAUUUUGGGUGUUCCUGUCCGGAUCCCCGCGUUUUUUGUUUAUAUUAUGAUACAGACAUCAUUCGGUUAAAUAAUCAUGAUGGUCUGAAAACAGUUCGUUUGUUUUAAUGUCUAUUUUAGCAUUUAACAUGAAGAUUUAGAGCAGCUUCGGCUAUCUAGAAAAUAUCACAUGUUACUACAUUGUAUUGCGUCUAAAAUCCAAUAUAUCUUCCUCGGGAAAUGGUAUUACUUACAGCGGAUUGCAGUUUAACUAUUAUCUGUAUGUAUUGAAAGGUGCUAAUAACAUUUGUGUCUUUUAAACAUUACAAUAUACACGAUUAAAGUAUAGUGUUUUAUUA